UUUACGCGCUCAGCAGCGGGAACGGACGCAGUUUACAACUUGCCACAAUGGGAAAGAGCUGUAUAUCGACCAACUCUGACUGGUCACUAGGAGAAGGAAUCGACAGAAACCUCGUGGACACUAUCCAAAACAGGGCAACCGAUGAAGCGCUUUGGUGAGAACAGAUAGAGAUAUGAUAUUGACGGAUAAAGAAGCUGACGGGUUUAGAAAUGUCAAGUGUUGAGCAACGUUCCUAAAGAUGGAGAACGAUACAAACCACACACAGGACCGUACGCACAAAACGCAGGAGAGUGAGGAAAGAGACGGGCAGAACAGUGUGCGCGCUCUACUGGGCUUCGUACUCUUUCUUCUGAUCGUCUCCACGCUCCUCGGGAACACGCUGGUGUGCGCCGCCGUAGUCAAAUUCAGGCACCUGCGUUCCAAAGUGACCAACUUUUUCGUAAUUUCUCUGGCAGUGUCUGACCUCUUCGUGGCGGUCCUGGUGAUGCCGUGGGAGGCGAUAUCCGCGGUGACGGGCACGUGGCUCUUCGGCCGGUUUUGCGGCAUCUGGAUCGCCUUUGACAUCAUGUGCUCCACCGCAUCUAUUCUAAACCUGUGCAUCAUCAGCCUGGAUCGGUACUGGGCCAUCGCGAGCCCUUUCCGCUACGAGCGCAAAAUGACCCACCGGGUGGCUUUCAUGAUGAUCGGGGUGGCAUGGACCCUGUCCAUCCUCAUCUCCUUUAUCCCGGUUCAGCUCAACUGGCACAUGGCAAACGACGAGGAGGAGGGCGCAGCGGGCAACGGCACCAACUAUACCGACAACUGCAAAGCCAAUCUGAACAGGAUUUACGCCAUCUCCUCUUCCCUGAUAAGUUUCUACAUUCCCGUUAUCAUCAUGAUAGCCACUUACACGAGGAUAUUUCGUAUUGCGCAAACACAGAUCCGCAGGAUAUCCUCUUUAGAGAGGGCAGUGGAGCAAGCGCAAAACCACCACCAGUCCAACGACUGCUCCAACGAGAACUCUCUCAAAACCACAUUUAAGAAAGAGACUAAAGUUUUGAAAACACUUUCCAUCAUCAUGGGGGUCUUUGUGUUCUGCUGGCUGCCGUUUUUCGUGCUCAACUGCAUGGUACCCUUCUGUCAGUGCGUAAGUGACACCACUUUUACCAUCUUUGUUUGGUUCGGAUGGGCAAAUUCCUCCCUAAAUCCCGUCAUUUACGCAUUUAACGCAGACUUCAGGAAAGCAUUCUCGUCUAUUUUGGGUUGCAAUAAAAUGUUCCCUAGCACUGCAGUGGAGACGGUGAAUUUCAGCAAUGAGCUGGUUUCCUAUCACCACGACACGACGCUUCAGAAGGAAGCGCAGCCGCUGGCCGUGCAGCUGCCGCACGCCGUCUCGAACACUCGAGAGGAGCCGAGCCUCCCGUUUGAUAAGGAUUCGGUGUCGCGGAACCAUAAAAACAUGCUGUUGCCCAACAUUGCGCAGUUCGAGUGCGACGGGGAGAUUUCCCUCGACACUAUCACACCGUUUACCACUGGACUCAUAGAGUGCGAAGGACUCCCUGGUCAGAUCAUUAAUGAAUGAAACUGGUAAAAGGCGUUUUAUUUGUUCAAAAUGUAAUGAAUGCUGGUGGAAUAAUGAUUAUUAAUGUUUAAGCAGAGUUUUAGAUCUCUAUUUAUUGAUCUUAAAAAUCCUUCUUACUUUUAGUUGACAUGUCCGGGUUAAGGAUCCAGGGUCCCACAGCAUAACCAUAAAAGUGCAUAAAAAGCUUUUGGAUUUUGUAUCUGUAUCAUUUUGAUCACUUUUUAGCUUUGAACAUUUGCAUAGUUGACGCAUAAGGUCUUUUUUCAUCCAUUUUGAAGGUUUACAUUUACAUGAAUGUAUAAAGGAGAAUGUAACUGUAACUGGUUAACAUGUUCAUUUACAUUUGCAGCAUUUUCAAUUACCUUUGUUACCCUAGCAUUUUCAAUUAUUUAAUCGUUAUUGUUUUCAAUGUGUGACGAAUGCAAAAUAAUGUAACACAUGGUCAGAAUCUGCAAAAUGUUGUUGUAGUUUAAGAUAAAGUAUAUCACACCACAGGGCGGUUAAAUUUCCCAAAUGUAUUUCAUGUCAACCUAUUUCAAGCUGAUACAUUAUGAGGUCACAUAAUAACAUAUGAUAUACCGGUUGAAUGUGAUAUGUUAAAUUGCAGCACAGUAGGUCACCUUGCCAAAGCUGUUGAGUGUCUUUAGAAUGAUUUAUGUCUCACCUCCUCCCUGUUCCUAUACUAUACCGUAUUACAUAAUGUGUUCCUGGGCAAAUGAAGAGUAUACAGGCGUUUGGGCAUUAAGAUAACAGCAGCUGAAAUCUCAUCAUUUGCUUCCCGUUGUGUAAAAAGUGAUCACGUAAUAAACAUAAUUUGUAUUGAUGAAUAUGUAUAGGAAAUGUCUCUUUACCAUCAGUACAUCCAAAUGUUUUACGAUAGACAUUUUCAA